AUGGAGUCUCCAUUGCCUGCAACCAACUUCACAACUUUCACCAGUUUCACCAUGAAACCAAACACUACUAACACGACACAAGAUCAUUGUGAACUCCCAGCUAAUGAGGUUUUUAUAUUUGCAUAUUCACUACUGUUUCUCGUCAGUCUGGUGCUGAACUGCAUCACCAUGCGGGUGUAUUUCUGCACCAAUCAGCAUGUCCAGUCCAGUGUAACAGUCUACAUGAAGAACCUGGUUGCAGCUGACUUUUUCCUUUGCCUUUGUUUACCUUUGCGCAUUGCUGCCUACGCCAAUAAUUCAGAGAUAAUGGGCAAUAUUUACUGCAGCUUUGGAGCAACAGCAUUCUAUAUAAACAUGUAUGCAAGCAUUCUCUUCAUGGACUUUAUUGCUGCAAACAGGUACCUAAAGAUUGUCCGGCCAGUGGAGACUCAUGCUCUACAGACAGUUCGUACUGCCCACUACAUUUCUGCAGUGACAUGGCUGUGCUUGUUAGCCAUGGCUUCCAUCUACUUAAUCCUUUUUCUCCAGAACUCCUGGGGUCAAAUGCCUGAUGCUUUUACCUGUGAAUCCCGGCACAGUUCCCAGCUCAGUGUGACCUACAAAAUCAUCCACUGUGUGACCUUUGUGGGCUUCAUUUUUGUCCUGGGAUCUCUGAUUCUUCUAUACUGGAAGACUCACCAAAAGCUCAGACAAGUUCAAUCCUCUUCACAGAAGCCCAGCCAUUCUACAACCUGAAGGAGCUCACCAUCGUGCUUGCAGCACUAAACGCCUCCU